CCAUUUUCACGCACCGCGCAGUCAGCCAGUCAGUCAGCUACGGAGAGCACCGGGGAGCUGUCAUCUUCAUGGGCGACUGGUCAGCUCGUCUCCCGCCGCCCCAGGAAGCCGCUGUCCGGGUAGUUUGACGCAGCGGUUCCGGCCAUGGACGGGCUCCGACUAAAGCCCGUGUUUUGACAGAUCGGCGGCUAAGCUAUGGAGCUAGCUGGACGGCAGUAGCGGCGCUUGAUGCGGUGAAGCUCCAGUCGGCGGAACGUUCCCCCAGCAGGCGGAGACACUGUGGAGAUUCUCUGAUUUUUUUUCUUCUUCUUCUACACUUAGCGGCAAACAUUGUCCGGGUCCAUUUUUAAUAAACAUUUAAAAAGGGGGGAAGAGGAACGUUAAAGCCGGGCUAGAUUGGCAACGGAUGUCCCAGAGAACGAAUGCGUGAGGACAUGUCCACCAUGGUGUGCGUGAAGGAGGAGGAGGAUCCUGGAGAGAAGCUGUCUCAGGAUGAGAUCAUCUCCAGGACCAAGCAGGUGAUCCAGGGGCUGGAGGCCCUGAAGCAGGAGCACCACUCCAUCCUGGAGGGUCUGCUGGGGACGCUGCGCUGCCUGAAGCAGGACGAGGAGGGCGUCCUGAUGGAGGAGAAAUCCCACAUGAUCCGCAAGUCCCUGGAGAUGCUGGAGCUGGGGCUGAGUGAGGCUCAGGUGAUGAUGGCGCUGUCCAGCCACCUGAGCUCGGUGGAGUCGGAGAAGCAGAAGCUCCGGGCUCAGGUCCGCCGGCUCUGCCAGGAGAACCAGUGGCUGAGGGACGAGCUGGCCGGGACCCAGCAGAAGCUGCAGAAGAGCGAGCAGAGCGUGGCCCAGCUGGAGGAGGAGAAGAAGCACCUGGAGUUCAUGAACCAGCUGAAGAAGUACGACGAGGACCUGUCGCCCUCUGAGGAGAAAGAUUCAGACUCCAGUAAAGAGAAUCUGGACGAUCUGUUCCCAGACGACCAGGAUGACCAGGCUCCAGGCAUCCAGCCGGCUCAUGGCAGCGCUGCAGCAGCCGCCGCCCAGCAGGGAGGCUACGAGAUCCCGGCCCGCCUGAGGACCCUCCACAACCUGGUGAUCCAGUACGCCUCCCAGGGCCGCUACGAGGUGGCCGUGCCCCUCUGCAAACAGGCCCUGGAGGACCUGGAGAAGACCUCCGGACACGACCACCCAGACGUGGCCACCAUGCUGAACAUCCUGGCCCUGGUUUACAGGGAUCAGAACAAAUACAAGGAGGCGGCCAACCUGCUGAAUGAUGCUCUGGCUAUCAGGGAGAAGACUCUGGGUCGGGACCAUCCAGCUGUUGCUGCCACCCUAAACAACCUGGCCGUCCUGUACGGGAAGAGAGGAAAGUACAAGGAAGCCGAGCCUCUGUGCAAGAGAGCGCUGGAGAUCAGAGAAAAGGUGUUGGGUAAAGACCACCCAGAUGUGGCCAAGCAGCUGAACAACCUGGCUCUGCUGUGCCAGAACCAGGGCAAGUACGAGGAGGUGGAGUACUACUACAUGAGAGCGCUGGAGAUCUACCAGACCAAACUGGGCCCCGACGACCCCAACGUGGCCAAGACCAAGAACAACCUGGCGUCCUGUUACCUGAAGCAGGGAAAGUUCAAGCAGGCCGAGACUCUGUACAAAGAAAUCCUCACCCGAGCUCACGAGAGGGAGUUCGGCUCCGUUGACGAUGAGAACAAACCAAUUUGGAUGCAUGCUGAGGAGAGAGAGGAACAAAGCAAGGGGAAGCAGAAGGACGGUUCACCCUUUGGAGAGUAUGGAGGCUGGUACAAAGCCUGCAAAGUCGACAGCCCCACGGUCACCACCACCCUGAAGAACCUGGGCGCCCUCUACAGGCGGCAGGGCAAGUUCGAGGCGGCUGAGACCCUGGAGGAAGCUGCGAUGCGAUCCAGAAAGCAGGGUCUGGACACAGCGCACAAGCAGCGCGUGGCGGAGGUCCUGAGCGAACCGGAGGCCCGCGAGAAGCAGCGAAGCCGCGAGAGUUUGACCUCCGACACGGUGAAGUACGAGAGCGGGCCGGACGGUGGCGAGGAAGUGAGUAUGAGCGUGGAGUGGAACGGGGACGGUUCCGGCUCUCUGAAGAGAAGCGGCUCCUUCAGCAAACUACGAGCUUCGAUCCGCCGCAGCAGCGAGAAACUCGUACGAAAGCUGAAGGGCGGCAGCUCGACUCGAGACGGCGAGCCCAAGAACCCCGGCAUGAAGCGAGCCAGCUCUCUGGGCGUUCUAAACCUGGCGGACAGGGCUGCCGUCGACCUCCACCAACGAAAUAAUCGUCUGAGGAAGAGCCGCGACCUGAGUGCCAGCCACACCGACUUGGCGCAUUGAAGGUUUUCCAGCUGAACUCCGGAGCGUCUCCGCUGUAAAUAGCCGUUUGUGAAGCUUCCUAAACCCCGCCAAGUGCUCACUGUACAGGUUUUGGUCUUAAUCUUUGCACUUUUGGAGGUUUCAGAGGGUUUUUAUUUUAUCAGGACAUAUCGAGGAGGAGGAGGAGUGUGAACGUACGGUGGCCUGCUGGUUGUUUCCGUCUAAUCGUUUGUGCGCGUACUGUAUGUAAAUGUGUGCUGGUGUUCCGUUUAACUGUGUUUGUUUUGGUGUUUUUGCUUGUAUGAAGGCAGGUGCAAGGUGGAGUUUUAGUUUUACAAUCAUUUCUGAUGCAGAGGCGGAAAAUCUGCAGGAUUUACAGGCAGGAAAAUGCUGAUGACGUCUUUCUGUAGGCCGACCCAGACGUUAGCUUAGCUUAGCUUAGCUUAGCUUAGCUCCGUGUUUGCUCUGAAUUUGGUUUUAGGAAACAAACUGAUGUUUUACAAAUUUAAACCUGCCGAGGAACCUUCGUCUCGCUGCUUCUGUUCCGUCCUGCGCUGGUUGAAGGUUUUUGAUGUAUGAAGUUCUGUGUUUACAUUUUGGGGUUUUGUAAAUGAUGUGUUUCGUGUCUUCGCUGCUCUGGAAAGUUUCUUUUUUAAAAUAUUUUUUCGGAGAGUGGUUCAGUUUUAUUGGCACACGAAGGCGGCCGACUCUUUCUCAGGACCGAGGCUCGAGUUUCUCACACUGAACGCAGUUUGACGUCGCUCCACACGAGACAAAACUUUACUGACGGUAGAGUCAAACCAAAAAACGCUGAAUUAUUUAAGAUUACUGCAGAUAAUAAAUAUAUAUAUUUGCUAUCACCAAAAUAAGGAGUGCUUCUCCUAUUUUAGCUGGAUUUAAUUAAACAGACACUGUAAACUAGAGACUAAAUAAGCUGGAAGUUCUGCAUCACAGACCCAACUGCAAACUGAAAUAUUGAAGGAUUUAUCAUCAAAAUGGAAAACAUGUUGAUUUAGUCUUCAGGUCUGUGAUUAUACGCUCUUUUCUGAACCUUUUAGCUGAACUUCACUAUGCAUUCUUGCAAUGUUUUUAAGGGACAGAUUAAUAUUUAGCAUAUUUAUAAUCUUAUAUUGAUGUUAAACUUGAACUGCAGCAACAAACAGCAAAUUAAAAUUCACUUAAAUCCCCUUAAAUUCACAUCCAGGAUCAAGUGCCUUCUUAAAGAGCACCAACAGGUGGAUUGUUUAUUUUUGUAUUUUUAAUCUUACAGUCAGAAAUUAAAAUAAAAUAUAAUAAAUGUCAGUUUAUGUCCGUUUAAACCAGUUAAUGCAGAUUUUUACUAAUAUAGACAUAUAAAUACAUGUUAAACACUCAGUAGUGACUAAAACUCAGCAUCAUUGAUGAAGUUGUCAAUAAAAUUCUUUUAGAAAUAUUUUUUACACAUUUUUUAAAUUGGAAAAUUAAUGUAAAUGAGGCGACAUGAAUAUAGUUUUGCAUUGAUAUUAAAAACAAUGUAAAAUCUGAAUUUGCAAGCAAACUUACUGUAUAAAUUCUGUGGUUUUUAAAUAAUAAUAGAAAAAAAUAAGUAAAUAUGACUUAAUGGCAGAUUCCACAACUGCUACAAAAUACUGUUUCUACAUUUAUAGAGGCUGAAAUUGUCCAUUUUUUAUUUAAUUUAGUAAAAAAAAUGUAAAUCUAAAUAAUGUAGUGCUAGUUUGAGUCUAUUUGGUGUCAGAAAAGUAAAAAAAAGGGAGAAUUUCUAGCAGAAAUCCAAAUAAAAAACAUUUCUAUCUGAAUCUACUAAGAUGUCUUACAUUUAAAAUGAAUUUAUAAAGCAUAUUUUUGUAAAAAUAAGGAAGCCAAAAUUCUGCAAAAUAUAAUUUUUGUUGUAACGCAGAGUUUACUUUCUAGUUUUGUAAUUAUAAAUUCUGCAACAAAUAGUAAAAAAUAACUAGUAUGUCAAAGUUGCUCAAAUAUAAGUCAAAAUCAUAGUUGCUCAAUUUUCAGUCAAAGUUGCCCAAUUAUAGGUUAAAGUUGCCCAAUUCUAUGUCAUAGUUUCUCAAUUAAUUGCAAAAGGUGGUAAAUUUUAUGUCAAAGUUGCUCAGUUGUAGGUUAAAGUUGCCCAGUUUUGUGUCAAACUUCAUAAAUUAUUGGUCAGAGAUGGUAAAUUCUAUGUCAAAGUUGCUCAAUAACAAACGGAAACAUCUCCAAUAAUCUGGUUUAUCCGUUGAUUUUUAGGGAGUUUUACGGUUUUCUAGAAACGUCUUCAAUUUCUUCACGUCAUUGAUCUCUUAAAGUAACAAACAUUUUAUCGAUUAUUGAUUUGUCUCUUUGCUUAACUAGAAGUUGUCUGUUUUUUCCUGCAAAGGUUUAUUUUUUUGUCAGGACUGUACAAUAAAAGAAAAACUUUAUCUAAUAUUUUACACUUAUAUCUAAAUUCAGUAAAAAUUAACAUCUGCACCUAAGAAAUCAAUUUAUAUGAAGGCGUUCCAAAACAUUUUUCAUUAGUUUUCUGUCGUAGUUUCUCAAAUAGUAAAGGACUACGAUGAGGCCCUGACUGUAAAUAUCAAAUCUCUAACUUUUUAAAAUGUUAAAUAUCUCAUUUUAGGAGACAUUAUUUUCUUUUUAUUGCUGAUUUUGUUGCUUUGUGUCGACUGUUGAUCGGUCGGAUUGUCAACCUGCUUCAUGCUUUUAUUCUGUCUUUAUUUUCUUAAUGUUUGAGGCACAUAAACGAACCGAGCAACACGUGAAGAAAUCUGUAAAAUAUGUUAAAAAUUAAAUGUAGUCGACGCAAAACAAACAUGGAAGCAAAGAAAAAAAACAAUAUUUUUUAUUUUAGAAGCAGCUGAAUACCGAAGAAAUCCUGAAAAAUAACCACUACUGAAUGUAGAUUGUCUAGAUCUAUUAACCACUACAAUCUGAAUAUCUCAAUCUGAUGUUAUGUGAUUCUAAAGUUCCCUCAAUUUGUAAACAAACUCAGAAUUUUAAAGCUGCAGAUCUUGGAAUUUCUGGUGCAAAAUUAAACCAGCUAGUAUGGAUUUUUAAAAAUAUACACAUAUAGAAAAAUACUGAAUAAAUGCUUUAAAUUCUGUGGUUGCCUUCAAAAAGAUUUUUAUAAUUUUUUUUGCUUCCAUAGUUUUGGGUCAAGAUUUAUUAUUAAUUUACUGACAAUUGAGGAUUUAAUUUAAAAAAAAGAUUUAAACAAUUCUUUUACAUUUUAUUUAGGAUAUGUGAAUGUAUUCAUAAUGUUUAAAUAAUUAUAUUUCACUACCAAAACGUUGUUCAAUUAUAGGUCAAAAUGGUAAAUUAUAGGUCAGUUACCCAAUUAUAGGUCAAAGUUGCCCAGUUAUCAGUUAAAGUUGCCCCAUUAUGGUUUAAAGUUGCCUAAUUGUAUAUCAAAAUUGCUCAAUUAUAGGUUAAAGUUGCCAAAUUUUAUGUCAAAGUUGCUCAGUUAUAGGUUAAAGAUGGUAAAUUUUAUGUAUAAGUUGCUUAAUAUUAUGUUACAGUUGCUCAAAUAUUGGUCAAAGUUGCUGAAUUAUUGAUCAUAGUUGCUCAAUUAUAGGUCAAAGAUGGUAAAUUUUAUGUCAAAAUUGUUCAAUUGUGGGUCAAAGUUGACCAAUUUUACGUCACAGUUGCCCCAUUAUGAGUCAAAGUUGCCCAGUUAUCGGUUAGCGUUGCCUCAUUAGAGUUUUAAGGUGCCUAAUUUUAUAUCAAAGUUGCAUAAUUAUAGGUCAAAGUUGCCCAGUUGUAGGUUAAAGAUGGUACUUUUUAUGUCAUAGUUGCUCAAUUUUAAGUCAAAGUUGCUCAAUUAUGGGUUAAAGCAGCUAAAAUGUAGGUCAAAGUUACCCAGUUAUUGAUUAAAGUUGCCCCAUUAUGGUUUAAAGUUGCCUAGUUUUAUAUCAAAGUUGCUCAAUCUUAUGUCUCAGUUUCUUGAUUAUUGAUGAAUUCUAGGUCAGUUUUAAGUCAAAGCUGCUCAACCUGUUGCCGUCCAUCACUGAGUCCUGAACUCGGACUUCUGAUCCCAGAAUCAUUUUUAAAGUGAUGUUGUUGUCAUGAACGUAAAUUCUGGGUUCACUGAAGCACAGACGAGUUUUAUUUGACUUUAUCUGUGUUUGUUUUUGAAGCGGUGAAAUUUAAAAUCUCUGUCCAUCCUUUUGUUGUAGUUUUUAUUCCUGUCAGAGUUUCUCCUCCUACAUGUGGAGUCGUGAUGAUUUGUGGAGUCGUGAUGAUUUGUGGAGCGGUUCUGUGGACGGCUGCUGCUGGAGACUCUCAGGAUUCAGGUCUAGAAAGAAACACAGAAGAAAAAUAAUAUUCAGGCAGACGUAAAAAAUGAGGAAGUAGCUAACGUACACUGUAAGAAAAUAUGAAUGAAAACAUGAUAAAAAAAAAUCUGGCAGCAAAAAUAUGAAAAAUGGUGUAAAAAAAACCUGAAAAAACCUUGCGAUUUUAUUUAAUGGUAACUUACCAUAAAUUUAUGGUAUUCAACUUUAAUUUGAUAGCCUCAGCAAUUACAUAAAAAUUUAAUAUUUGUAAAGUUACGAUAAAUUUUAAAAAAAAAUCUUUUCUUCGUUUUUUAGGAACAGAUUUUCAUUGUUUUGUAAAAAUACAGAUAAUAAUUAGUAAAAUCACAGAAAAAAAGUAUUUUUACCAUAAAAUUUAAACUAAUUGUAAAUUACUAAAGCAGAAAAAGCUGCUAAAACUGUUUUUACAGUGUGAUCUAUAUGUGUUUAUUGUCCAUUUAAUAUUUUUAUUUCAAUAUGAGAUUCAAUUAAUUUUUCUAAUGGAGCCACAUAUUAGACAUGAUAUGUUCAGGGACCCUUGGAAAGUUGAAAAACUGAUGAUUUUUUCUGUUUUUACAUUUUCUGGGUUUGACAGCUGGUGGAAUUUUGGCGAUUGCAUUUAAACAUAACACACCUUCAUCAGGAUUUAAAAAUAUUAGAAUAUUAACUCACAGGAGGAAUCUGAUUAAAAUAAACGUUUGUAAUCAUUUCUCAUCACUCUGCUCAGUAACCACGGCGACACAUUGGAUGCUGCAUCAUCCUCACGUUCCGCUCCACAUCUCAGAGGCUCCUAGAAUCUGAAUAAUCCUAAAAACAAACGUUUGAAUGUGACAUGAGAUCAUUCUCUGUAACUCUCCUCCAUGUUAACUGUGUUUGCAGUAAAUAAACGCUCCUGUUUCUGACCGGUUCUGUUAAACUGGUGACUUCAUUACGGUGCUGUUAGAGAGUAACGAGGUCACAAAUCGUGAACAAGUCGAGGAAAUGGGCUGAAGUUCCAACAGAUUAUUUUGUUUACUCUCUGACUGCGCUGUAACGGAGGAAAGUUUGUCUGCAGAUUUGUUUUGUGAGCAGAAGUGAUGUUUGUCCGGCGAUUCCUUGUACAGCUUUACUGGUUUUGAAGAAUAAAAUGAUCAAAUUCA